GCUGCCAGGGCAGUGGCAGCAAACCUGCCUGCGCCGCGCGAUGCUGCGCUCCAGCCGCUACCGCGGGGCGCUCUGCGUGCGAUCAUCCGGCCUUCCAUAGGCACCGAGCACCCCCAAACCCGCGCUCCGCUUGGCAGCGGCUCCCCCGGGGGGGGCAGCGGGGCCGGCUCUGCGCGGGCGGGGCCGGCGCUGGGCUCGGCUCGGGGGGCACCUCCCGCCCGCCCCGCUGCGCUCCCCGCUCCGAGCAGCACCGCGGCUCCGGCUGCCGGGGCCGCCGCCGCGCACGGCCACCAAUGCGGGGGAUAGCGGCGGGCACGCAGCGGCUCCGCGGCAGCGGCUCCGGCAGGUGAACUCCGGGGAAGGAUGACCGGCGUGGCCGCGAUCGUCUUUUUCCUGCAGCUCUUACCCAGGGCGGACGGACAGGUUUUCCCAGGUGGUUGUUCGUUUGAUGAGCACUACAGUAACUGUGGUUAUAGCGUCGCCUUGGGAACCAAUGGAUUUACCUGGGAGCAGAUCAACACCUGGGAAAAGCCAACAAUGGAUCCUGCUGUCCCAACUGGCUCCUUCAUGAUGGUGAACAGCUCUGGGAGAGCAUCAGGACAGAAAGCUCACCUGCUGCUGCCCACUCUGAAGGAGAAUGACACCCACUGCAUCGACUUCCACUAUUACCUGUCCAGCCGCGACCGCUCCAGCCCCGGCUCCCUCAACGUCUACGUCAAGGUCAACGGGGGCCCCCAGGGCAACCCCAUCUGGAAUGUGUCAGGAGUGGUGACUGAGGGCUGGGUGAAGGCAGAGCUGGCCAUCAGCACCUUCUGGCCACAUUUUUACCAGGUGAUAUUUGAGUCUGUCUCUUUGAAAGGACACCCUGGGUACAUAGCUGUGGAUGAAGUCAGAGUCCUCGCCCAUCCCUGCAGAAAAGCCCCUCAUUUCCUGCGGCUGCAGAACGUGGAGGUGAACGUGGGGCAGAACGCCACCUUCCAGUGCAUUGCCGGGGGAAAGUGGUCACAGCACGACAAGCUCUGGCUCCAGCAGUGGAAUGGGAGGGACACAGCCCUGAUGGUCACUCGAGUGGUCAACCACAGGCGUUUCUCAGCCACGGUCAGCGUGGCCGACACGUCGCAGCGCAGCAUCAGCAAGUACCGCUGCGUCAUCCGCUCCGACGGCGGCUCCGGCGUCUCCAACUAUGCCGAGCUCAUCGUCAAAGAGCCUCCCACCCCGAUCGCGCCCCCGGAGCUGCUGGCUGUGGGAGCCACGUACCUGUGGAUCAAACCCAACGCCAACUCCAUCAUCGGGGACGGGCCCAUCAUCCUCAAGGAGGUGGAGUACAGGACCACCACGGGCAAUUGGGCAGAGACCCACAUCGUGGACUCCCCCAACUACAAGCUGUGGCACCUGGACCCCGACGUGGAGUACGAGAUCCGCGUGCUGCUGACGCGCCCCGGGGAAGGGGGCACCGGGCCCCCCGGGCCCCCCCUGACCACCAGGACCAAGUGUGCAGACCCCGUGCACGGGCCGCAGAACGUGGAGGUGGUGGACAUCCGCUCGCGGCAGCUGACGCUGCAGUGGGAGCCCUUCGGCUACGCCGUGACGCGCUGCCACAGCUACAACCUCACCGUGCACUACCAGUACGUCUUCAACCAGCAGAAAUUCGAGGCAGAGGAGCUCAUCCAGACUUCCUCCCACUACACCCUGCGCGGGCUCCGGCCCUUCAUGACCAUUAGGCUGAGGUUGGCGCUCUCCAACCCCGAGGGCAGAAUGGAAAGCGAGGAGCUGGUGGUGCAGACUGAGGAGGAUGUUCCUGGACCCGUUCCCUUGGAAUCUAUCCAAGGAGGACCUUUUGAAGAGAAGAUCUACGUUCAGUGGAAGCCUCCAAAUGAGACAAAUGGCAUCAUUACACUCUAUGAGAUCACGUACAAGGCCGUUGGGUCUCUGGAUCCCAGUGCUGACCUGUCCAGCCAGAGAGGGAAAGUCUUCAAGCUGCGGAAUGAAACCCAUCACCUCUUUGUGGGGUUGUACCCAGGCACCACCUACUCAUUCACCAUCAAAGCCAGCACAGUCAAGGGCUUUGGGCCACCCAUCACCACCAGGAUUGCAACCAAGAUUUCAGCUCCGUCCAUGCCGGAGUACGACACGGACUCUCCCCUCAACGAGACUGACACCACCAUCACUGUCAUGCUGAAACCUGCUCAGUCCCGGGGAGCACCUGUCAGUGUCUACCAGCUCGUUGUCAAGGAGGAGAAGCUGCAGAAAGCCCGGAGAGCUGCAGACAUCAUCGAGUGCUUCUCUGUGCCAGUGAGCUACAAGAAUGCCUCCAGCCUGGACUCCCCACACUACUUUGCAGCUGAGCUGAAGCCCAUCAACCUUCCUGUCACACAGCCCUUCACUGUGGGCGACAACAAGACCUACAAUGGCUACUGGAAUGCUCCUCUUUCUCCCCUGAAAAGCUACAGCAUAUACUUCCAGGCUCUUAGCAAGGCCAAUGGAGAAACAAAAAUCAACUGUGUCCGGCUGGCAACAAAAGCAGUGAUAGGUAGACACCAGGUGACCACGCCAAACCCGCCCAGCCUCUUGAGCACAGGAGCUUCCACCCAGAAUUCCAAUGCAGUGGAACCUGAAAAGCAAGUUGACAGCACGGUGAAAAUGGCUGGAGUUAUAGCUGGUCUCCUGAUGUUUGUUAUUAUCCUCUUGGGAGCAAUGCUUACCAUCAAAAGAAGAAGAAAUGCAUAUUCCUACUCCUAUUACUUGCAUUCAAGCCAAUGUUUUAGGGGCCUCUCUGUCUUCUACAGGACCAGGAAGCUAGCCAAGAAGCAGAAGGAGACUCAGACCAGCACGCAGAGGGAGAUGGGUCCUGUGGCUACUUCUGACAAGACCUCCACCAAACUCAGUGCUGUUCACAAUGAAGAAGCUUUUUCUUCCAGCUGCCAAGAUGUUAAUGGAUUCACAUCACCCUCUCCUUGUUCAUUUUCUGUCCAAAGCAAAACCCUUCAGAGCAAAUCUAUGUUGAAUUCCUACUACUCAGUUUCAUCAGACACCGUCCCAUCGACCACGCUGUUAGACAGCAGCCACGGGGAGCUGGCCCAGCCCACGCUGACCAUCCAGACCCACCCGUACCGCAGCUGCGAGCCCGUGGAGAUGUCCUACCCCCGGGGGCAGUUCCAGCCCGCCAUCCGCGUGGCAGACCUGCUGCAGCACAUCACCCAGAUGAAGAGGGGACAGGGCUACGGCUUCAAGGAGGAGUAUGAGGCACUCCCUGAGGGACAGACGGCGUCCUGGGAUACGGCCAAGGAAGACGAGAACCGCAACAAGAACAGAUACGGAAACAUAAUCUCCUAUGAUCACUCAAGAGUGAGACUGCAGCUGCUGGAUGGGGACCCUCACUCUGACUACAUCAACGCCAAUUACAUCGACGGGUACCAUCGGCCUCGCCAUUACAUUGCAACUCAAGGGCCGAUGCAAGAGACAGUGAAGGAUUUCUGGAGAAUGAUUUGGCAAGAAAACUCUGCAAGUGUUGUCAUGGUCACCAACCUGGUGGAAGUGGGCAGGGUGAAGUGUGUUCGAUACUGGCCAGAUGACACAGAAGUCUAUGGAGAUAUUAAAGUCACAUUAAUUGAGACAGAGCCACUGGCAGAGUAUGUCAUACGUACCUUCACUGUCCAAAAGAAAGGCUACCAUGAGAUCCGAGAGAUUCGGCAGUUCCACUUCACCAGCUGGCCGGACCACGGCGUGCCCUGCUACGCCACGGGGCUGCUGGGCUUCGUGCGCCAGGUGAAGUUCCUCAACCCCCCCGAGGCAGGACCCAUCGUGGUGCACUGCAGUGCUGGGGCUGGGAGGACAGGGUGCUUUAUUGCCAUUGACAUCAUGCUGGACAUGGCAGAGAACGAGGGCGUGGUGGAUAUAUUCAACUGCGUGCGAGAGCUGCGCUCCCAAAGGGUCAAUUUGGUGCAGACAGAGGAGCAGUAUGUGUUUGUCCAUGAUGCCAUUUUGGAGGCAUGUCUCUGUGGCAACACAGCCAUUCCAGUCUGUGAGUUCAGAUCCAUAUAUUACAACAUCAGCAGACUGGAUCCACAGACCAAUUCCAGCCAGAUAAAAGAUGAAUUUCAGACGCUGAACAUCGUGACGCCGCGGGUGCGGCCGGAGGACUGCAGCAUCGGGCUGCUGCCGCGCAACCACGACAAGAACCGCUGCAUGGACGUGCUGCCCCUGGACCGCUGCCUGCCCUUCCUCAUCUCCGUGGAUGGCGAGUCCAGCAACUACAUCAAUGCUGCACUCAUGGAUAGCCACAAGCAGCCUGCUGCCUUCAUUGUCACCCAGCACCCCUUGCCCAACACCAUCACAGACUUCUGGAGGCUGGUGUUUGAUUACAACUGCUCCUCUGUGGUGAUGCUCAACGAGAUGGAUGCAGCACAGCUCUGCAUGCAGUACUGGCCAGAGAAGACAUCCUGUUGUUAUGGCCCAAUCCAGGUGGAGUUUGUUUCAGCAGAUAUUGAUGAGGAUAUCAUCAACAGGAUAUUCCGGAUUUGCAACAUGGCCAGGCCGCAGGACGGGUACCGCAUCGUGCAGCACCUGCAGUACAUCGGCUGGCCGGCCUACAGGGACACCCCUCCCUCCAAACGCUCCCUGCUCAAGGUGGUCAGGAGGCUGGAGAAGUGGCAGGAGCAGUACGACGGCAGAGACGGGCGCACCGUGGUCCACUGCCUGAACGGCGGCGGCCGCAGCGGCACCUUCUGUGCCAUCUGCAGUGUGUGUGAGAUGAUCCAGCAGCAGAACAUCAUCGACGUGUUCCACAUAGUGAAAACGCUACGGAAUAACAAAUCCAACAUGGUGGAGUCACUGGAACAGUAUAAAUUUGUAUACGAGGUUGCACUGGAAUACUUGAGUUCCUUUUAGCCCAGCCAAGGGAGGGGACCCCACGAUGUGCCAGACCCCAAACUCUGGUGGAUGCUUCUCCCCUGUCCCACACUGGAAGGCAGUAACAAGUGUGGGGAGGAAAACUUCUCCUUCCUUCUCAGCAAGAGACUGAGGUUGCAGAGACCUCGCUGGAAGGAGGAGACGAUGCCUGUGUGUGCUGCUGCCUGCUUUCUAUGGGAACAUCUACUGCUUCUUAAAUAACUUACUGUAAAAAUUAGCAACGUGGGAGACAGGCUGAAAGACUGGACUUUCUAAUCCCCUCUGACUUCUCUCCUCUUUUGGAUUGUGUUUUUGUUCUGCUUGCUGCAGAGUGGGGAAGGAAUGAAACCCUUAGGAAAUUAUCUUUUAAAUGUCUCCUUUUUAAUUUAUAAUUUUGUUCUCAAAUCCCAGCCUUUUAAUUUUUUAAUUUCAUGCAGCAGUCAUUUGGGAAAACUGAGAUAGCCAUAGGGGAUACAUGAAAUGUUUCAUUACAAUUUGUCUACCUUAUCUGUUUCCUUUUAUUUGUUUUUCCUAAUGAAAAGGCCAACACACACACACACAAAACACAAAAAAUAAGACUGUGCUGGAAUUCUCCUCCCAAAUGUAGUCCCUUUAAGCAUGAAAAUAGAUGGUGGAGAUGAGAAGCUGUACACGGAUCCACUGCCUCCACAGAAAUAUUUCCUCCCAGUUUCUGCUCAACUUCAGGGCUGUGCAUGACCCAGUUCCAUCCCUCUGGUCUGUGUCCUUUCACUGCUGGUGAAGCUGUUGAGGAGUUUCCCAGACACAUGGACCUGAAGGUUAAAUAUUUCAAACAAAUGGCAUUCACCUGGCAACUUUGGUGACUUGGUUACCACAUUUCCCAAGUAUUAGCUGGGGUGCAGUGUGUCUCUGACAAACAGGGUAUGAAGUAGGUAUUAUUGCUCAUAUACUAUGUAUGACUAUUUUUUAUUUAUUAUUUGUAUUGCUGUAGAACUUAGGACCCCAAGUCACGCCAGGACCCUGCUGAACCAGGCACUGUGCAGGCAGACAGCAAAGAAAGUUCCUGCUCACUUCCUUAAAAGUCUGAAGGUUCUUAAAAUUGGGUUUGGGCAAGAUUUCCUCACUAUUUCCAGUGGCCCUACAAGCUUUAAAGUUGUAACCCAUUGGAGCUGUAGGAAAGGUGAUGUACAUACACAGAAACCUGUUCUGACACCUGGAAAGAGAAGCGUUAGCCCAGCACAGCAACUUCUCUUCUUAAGCAGAACAGCUUUUGUUUUAUUCUGCAAAAAUGCCUGUGCAAGUCUCCUUCUCUGAAACAAACACCAGAUGUGUUUUGCCAUGGUUGCGGACCUCGUUCUGACUUCUUAGCAGCUAAGAAAUUGCUUUUCUGAAAAAGUAUGUUUAAGUAGUUAAUCACUAAGGUCUGCAGGGUAAUCUUGGGGAAAAAAUAAUUGAAUGAGCAAGGCUUUACAAUAAUUAGUGUUUCAAUUUAGCCAUUUAUUUAUCUUGAGGGUGCGGGAUAUGAGGUUGCUCUGUGUGUAAAAUGGAUUCUGGUGUGUAGGGUUCUUUAAAUUCAGACUUGCUAAAAGAUAGACUGAAGGUAAGAGUUGAAAGAAACUCCAAUUUUCUUAUCACCCUGUAGUUUUCCACCCUCAGGUAAAUCCUCAGAGGCUGCUGGGAGCUCUGUCCUGGCACAGAGCAUGCCAGAAGUUCAAAAUAUUUUGCUAAUUCUGUCUGUGAAUUCAAAAGGCACCUCUGCUUCAUGGUCAUUCUUUCUUCAAUAGUCACACCCUCACCUUUACCAGGAGGGAUGGAAAUGAAAUCUGGCAAAAGCAGCUCUCAACUCAGCCACACCAGUACCCAACCAAACCAUUGCCAUCCACCAGGACCUGCACCAGCCCAGGGAAGGAUGCUUGGAGUUUCAUUAAUACCCCUCUCGACAAGCAAAGGAUGCUGAACCACCUGGGGUUUCUCUAAGGAGCUUUGGAUUCUUGGUUUUAAUACCAUGAAGGUCUUAACUGAUCAUGAACCACCUUCUCACAGGAGCCUCUCUGCUGUUUCUGGUUGGUCCUUUCCGUUGCCUGCAAAAAAAUCAUGAAAUCGACUUUAGUUCCAGUUGGGGCUGUCAAGGGACUGGUCUGAAUUGUUGGGGUUUUUUUCAUUUAUACAACAACACAAUCAGCAGGAAAAAUAACUAGGAGGCGAAGUGAAACUAUGAGAUAAAAGUGAGAGGAAAAGAAAAAUAUUGGUGUUUUUAUUACAGGUGGCUGGAUGGAACAGUGUAGGUCAGGUGCUGGGAGAGAAAAAGGAAGAGGGAAUUCUAAUCCCAGGAUGGGAUUUUUCAACAACUGCCUAGGUAUGAAGAAACUACAAGUCAGCGAAGUGGUUUUGACUCUGCUGACUCCAGAAAGCCAAAGGGAACCACUCCCUGUGGAUACUACGGAAAUAUUAAUUAGUAAUUAGCAUUCUGUUAAUUUUACGUAGAAAGUAGCACAGUGACAGGUCUCCCUUGUGACUUAGGGGAGUGCAGCCAGCACCGAGGGUGACAGCUGGGAUGAGGGAACAGGGAGGUACAGAAAUGCCACUAUCACUGAGGUGUGAAGUGUAGGAGGUAAUUUAGGCUUAACUUAAAGAAAGUGGAUUGAAAUGCCAGAGUUAAGCCCACAGGAGGGGUGUGUGAGUGAGGGGAAAGACGUGUGGGAUGAGCAGAGCAGAGCAGCACUGGCAGUGCAGUGCUUUAGAGCCCCGAGGUAGGUUUGGAUGUGUUUUAUGGUAUGAAAAACACUACUAAAGGGUCAGGUACCUGUAUCAGCUGGCCCAACUCCCUAUGUGCUCAGCCCUCUGCAAAAGCCAAGUGAUGUUGGCACAAACUGCAGGGAAUGAUAUUUAAGCUAAAUUUUACAUUUUGUAGGAACUCCAUGCAAAUGUUGGUUCCCACAGCCCAGCUGUUAGUCACAGCUUAUUAUGUGGCCACUCAACCAUGUGUCUGAACUUCCUAAUGUCCAGCCUAAAACCCAUAUGGAAAGAUGCUCAGCAGACACUGCAGAUUGUGUUGCCAAAUUGUUAUAAAUUCCUGCAGUUACAGUGCUUUUGGGGGACUGACCCAGCUCCAGUCUGUGUUGGCUCAGGGAUCUUCAUGCUGUUCCUCCCUGCACAGUGCAUACAUGCCAAGUGUGAAUUAAUGAUGGAGGGAAUUGUGUGGAAAAGCUCACUUUAAAUCACUUUAUUACCUUGAGGUUGUUUAAACCCUAGAGAACAGCCCAUAGUGAAGUAGGUAAUGUGUUUGAAGCAAGAUUAUGGGUGAUGGGUUUGUUUUCAUGGGGAAAGAAAGGAAUUAUGAGAUGAGAUAAAGGAGGUUUUCUCACUCCUGGAAGGAUUAAUAGUCAGUGUGAGCUUCUCAGCCUAAGCAUCCCCUGCUGUGGAUGAAAAGUGAUAAUGUGCAGUAAAAAAAAGGUGAAUUCCUCAGUGACUGAAUCUUAGGCUUGGAAAAAAUACCAUAUUGACAAUAUUUGAAUGGACAUAAUGAAGAUGAACUUACUCCCAUGGAGACAUCCUUCAGAGGUGAGGGGGAACUGUUUGUGAUAGCACAGAGUUGGUGGAAAGUUUGGUCUGGAAUACAAGGAAGUAGAAACAGGUGGUUUGGGGUCACUACCUCAUAUAGGGGUAACCAACAUCUUAAAUUAUUAUUGGUGUAACUGCAGCCAUGGAUUCCACUGGUUAUCAGGAGUUUCUAGCCUUCUAUUCUGGAUCUGUAAACUCCCUGGAAAAACAACAACAAAAAACAAGUCCAGUAGCCGCAUGGAUCCCACAAUAGUAAAUUUAAGCCUGUGGGUGCUAGAGUGGCUUUUCCAUUUGCUUUCCACAGGCCCUUGAGCAGCAGUUUGUGGGAUUUCCCUUGGGAAUCUCAAGCCAGGGAUUUUUGGUCACUGCUCUUGGUGUGCUGUGGAGUCAGAGGAAGGAGAGAGGCUCCUGCAGAGGGUGGUUCAGGAGGCAGUUAAACCAGUUUUCACCUGGAAGAGAAGGAAAGGAGAAGAAAUCUCCUUUGGGAGAAACCAAAUAUUGGAGGAGAAGGCAAAUGAAAUGGAUCCUGGAACAGGUACGGAAUUUGCACCUUGCUCUCUCUCUCAUUCUUGCACAGCUGCUCUCAUCUCACUCUCCUGAGUUCCUGCCAAGAUCAUAAAAAACACAUAAUGUCACAUUCCCUGCUGUGGAGAUGGAGCACUCAGAGUGUGACAGAGGGAAUAAAUCCUGAGGGACAAAGAUAAAAGAAGAUUUGCUCAAGAGAGGAAUCUUCAAACAUGAGGUGCUUCUAUCUGUCACACUUGCAGAAUUUUUCGUAAAGUCACAGAGCAGUGCACAGUCCUGGCAUGGUCCUGGAUGGGCAAUGUGGUGGAAAAGUUCCCAUUGGAAAACUUCAUUGUCCUGUAAUAAAUGUGAGCAAUCAACUCCACAAUGUUGGCAGCACAGUUAAUUUUUGUGAUCACUCCAGCCAGUGAAAGGGGCAUCUCAAGACCUUGGUGUGAAACUGCUGCAUUUUCAUUUGAGAAUCUUUAAUUUGUCUUAAGUGUACAAAAGACAGUCAACCCCAUUUUUUUUUUUUUUUAGGAAAAUAAAGGGGGCCAUGUGGCAAAAGUGGCAACAUUUAUUCAGCAUAACCACUGCCAUUGGGUCAAAAAUUCCAUAUUCCUGCUGUGUGAGGGCAGAACAAAGCACUGCAGCUGCCCUGCCCAGACAGAGGAACAGGAGGAGCCAGCUAAGUCAGAGAGACAGAUGUGAGCAAUGAGGAUUCUGUUAACCCUCCUGUGCUCCUGCUUAUUUAGAUUGCAGUCUUCUAUAGCCAUACAUACAUAAUACACAAUUUCAAUGCAAGUGCUCUUUCUUUCCCUGUUCCCAAAAAUACCUCCAGCUCUUUUUCCUCGAGGGUGAGCCAACAGCACAGCGAGCAAAGCCCAAUUUCUGCCGUUUUGGCAAGGACCACAAGGAAAAUCCAUCAUGUAUUAUCUGUUCAUUGACUUGGAAAAGGUAUCAAUCAUCUCCCUCAUAUGCAUACUUGAAGAAUGUACAAUUUGCUCAAACUGUCAAGCAGAAUCAUACAUUUUCAUAUACCACCAAAUCCUGGUGGUACAGAGUGUGAUGGAAAGGAAAAAAAAGAGGCAAAAACAUGCUGACUUCCAGUGACCUCUAGUCUAUAACCAUUAACUGCUGUGUUAAAAUAUUUUAAAAGUUUCCCUUGUAAAAAAAAAAAUAAACUAUGCUCAGAAUAUCCUACAGUUUAAUGUUGGACUAGCAGAAUGUGAAAACCUGGCAGCUUUUCCAGUUUGUAAAAACAUGAGGGAUCUAAAUCAGUCUUUCCAUCCUCAUCCCAGUUCAUGCAGCAGAUUUUCCACCACUAUUCUGUUUUCAACCUGAGCCUUAAAAGACAAACUAGUGCAGCAGACUGAAUGCCAGAUGCUGGUGUUCCCAUAGUGUUUCCUGGCAGGGGGGAAAAAAUUUAAAAGGAUGAAAAAGGAAAAGAACAAGCUAAAAUGGUUUUUCUUGGAAUUCAAUUCAAUGAGCUGUUUCUGAGCAGUACAAACAUGAACCAGUCCAUGGCACUCUGGAGGUACAGGGUGAAAAUGCUGUUGGUGUCCCUUAGGGACAAAUCCUGAUAUUUCAUAUAUAGGUACCCAAGAGGUAUCUAUAUAUGAAAUAUCAGGAUUGGUCUUGAUAUUAGUGGUUCCUUUAAUGGGGGCAACUGUCACAGCAGGAGUGUUUCAGUGGAGAUCUGUUACCCUGAAAUGCCACCCUUUGGGACAACCUGUGAGACACCUCAAGUGUGUUGCACUGUGGAUGGAUUUCCUUGUGUGAGUACAUCAUCUUUCAGUGAGGAAAUCCCCAGGAACUCUUCUUUGUGUGAAAUGAUUGAAAGGAGUGUGUUUUGGGGGGUGGAAGAGGUAGUGGGGCCAGCACUAUUACAAGUUUCCAUGAAUUUAGGUACUCUGAGACUCCCCAGGACAAACAGUGCUCAGUGUUUCACCCUGCUGACAGUCAAACCAAACUUCAUGUGCUGGGCUUCCAUGUACCUGGAGCAGAACUGGAAUUACCCCCUCAUUGCCCUUCUAGCCCUUUCUUGCAUUGCCAGCAUUUAAACACUGUACUUCUAUGCCAAAAGUUUGAGCUGCAUCCUUAACACCCCCCUUAACCCACCCUGACUAACCGCAGUGACAGAAUUCACUCCUGCCCCAAUUUAAUCUCCUGUGGGCACCCAAAUGUGCCAGCAUCGCUUCUUGCCAGCCUUGUCACCUCCUCAGAGGGCAGUGGCUGCCUCUGGCUGAGCAGUGUGCCAUCCCAGCUCCCUGGAUGUGUUUUUGGGCAGGGAGGAGUGCUGCAUGAGAGGAGUCUCUGCUGAUGCGGUGCCGCCCCCUCUGCUCCCCCUCGGCCUUUAUGGAUUACUGGUGAAACUCACUUGUACAGUUUGGAUGUUUGAUAGAUAAAGCACGUAUGAAAAAUAAAAAAAAGGAAAAAAAUAUAAAUACAAAACUCUCAACACUGUGCAUUCAGUGUCUUUUCUUUCUAGCUUAAAAGAAGGAAGGUAAAUAAUGUCAAGUCAAUGAAUAUCAGAUAUAUUUUUUGACUGUACAUUACAGUGAAGUGUAAUCUUUUUUUUACAACUGCGAGUCCAUCUUAUUUAUUCUUGUAAAUGUUCCCAGACAAUGUUUGUAAUAUGGGCUGUGUUGCAAAUCCAUAAAAUAAAUCUGUGAUCUGAGAUUAAUGUUUUACUAAGA